AUGUCUCAAAUUUAUUGCAUUAAGUGCCAUGCUAAAACAAAUUCUGCAUCUGAAAAAUUGGAAAUUACUGAAAGUGGUCGAAAAAAAUUAAUUGGCAAAUGCAUUGUUUGUGGUACUAAUAAACAUACUUUUGUAUCUAAGGAUGGAUUGAUUAAAUUAAAAACUCCUGCUGAAGAAGCUAUUGCUAAGGAAAAAAAGGAAAGGGCCAAAGAGCAUAAGAGAGCUGUAUGGCCAGCUGAUUAA